CAAGGCCAUGAACGCCGUGCCCUUUACAUCUCCCAAUCAUAUGGAUGAGAACGGCCGCGGAAGCGACACGGACUCGAAUCCCGAUGAAUCCCCGGAGUAUUACCAGCCGAUCUCCGCCGCCGAUGACUCCGACUCUGGAUCGGACUCCCCGGUCGAUUUUCCCCAGCGUCUCCCCAACGGCUACUGCGUGGAGAACGGAGUGUCAUCCCUCAGCGUAAACGACGGCUUCGAGCUAACAAGCAGCGACGAUGACGGGGACGAUGAGGGGGAAGAAGAGGAAGAGAGAGCGAGAGAGGCUUAUGAUGCAGCCAUGAGCAGAGCUUUCAGGGAAGACGAGACCCGAAGGAAUGCGCCGUUGACGCCUCACGACGGCACGAGGGUGAUGGAAGCCAUGCGUGGAGUCUCGUUUGGUGGACUCGCUCCCGAUUGGGCCCAGAGCGUGCCCGAGGAUCAGUGGAUCGAGCGUCUCCGGAGGCUCCGGCAGCCACCGAACACCCCGAAUUGAUGCGCUAUGGAAAUUAGGAUAAUUCUUGUCUUGAGUGAUUAAUGACUUGAUGCGGGGCCGAAUGCCCAAAAGUUGUUUGAGGAAAUUUCCUGAGAGACUAUGAGAUUGGAUAGAUGAUGUAAGGUUUUUCUGCAUUUGGCAUUCAUUUCCAGAAGAGUACUGUCAAAACAUACUGUAAGGUGAAUGAGCCGGAGGAGGGCACAUUCAAAUUUUAAUUUUAGCCUAAUAAGAGACAUUCCACCUCGGUUGUAUGCCACUUUUCUUGUUUGUCUG